AUGUACCGGUGGAUUGUUCCAGACAGUUCCGGCCCAGGAGUCUCUGAUCCAAACUGCAUCACAUUUGUUUACUACUCUGCUGUGAACUUCAUUAAGGACACAGUCAGUGGGCUAAUUGGACCCCUGGUGAUCUGCGGGAAAGGGACGCUAAACUGGAGAAGACAAAGACUGGAUAUUGAUAAGGAGUGUGCUCUUCUUUUCUUUAUCUUUGAUGAGAAUAAGUCAUGGUACCUGGAGCAAAACAUUCAAACCUACUACAACAGCUCACACCCUUUGAUCAGAAAUGAAGACUUUGAGGAGAGCAAUAAAAUGCAUGCAAUUAAUGGCAAGGUGUAUGGAAACCUUCAGGGAGUGGAAAUGCAGCAAGGAGAGACAGUAAACUGGUAUCUGCUUGGGAUGGGCAGUGAAGUGGAUCUGCACACAGUGCAUCUAUAUGGCCAGACCAGAUUAUGCUAGUCGGGAUUCUUUAGCAUGCUAAUGAAACAUAUUAAUUUUUAUUUCUUUAACCAAAAGUGAACCAACUAUAAACAAAGUUUCUAAGGUUUUAUUUCUUUAAUUCUCUUCCAUGGAGCAGACAAGCCUGCGCCACCAGGCCGAUGUGUUUGACUUGUUUCCAGGCACAUUUCAGACACUGGAGAUAGUGGCAGAGACUGAGGGAACAUGGCUGCUGCACUGCCAUGUGGAUAACCACAUCCAAGCUGGCAUGGAGACCACCUACACCAUCAAAAGCAUUAGAAACUCCAAGUCAGGUAAUUUUUUUUUUACUUUACUACCAAAACAUCACAAUCAUAUCUCAAAAUACUUUCUUUUAAUCAAAACACCAGCACUUCUCUUCUACCAAGAGUGUGAAU